AACAACAACAACAACAACAACAACAACAACAACAACAACAACAACAACAACAACAACAACAACAACAACAACAACAACAACAAUAAGAAACUGGUCCGAAAGCCUGUGCCACAUGUGCCCAGACAGAACGGCCUGCAACAAACAGCAUCCUUGAGAGGGCCAGUCAGACUUCAUUUUCACGUCCUCGACUAAAACCUGACCUACCUCGUAAUGGCUGUCAAACCCGUAUUGCGGGCAGGCAUCGCUCUCUUACACGCUUCUCUUGUGUACGCAGACGUCACUUAUCACCAAGUUUCCGACGACAAGUGCAACUGCUACCUCACCAAUGGCACCGACGCAAGCUACUACAGCUCACACAAGUUCUACGACUUUAGAAGCCUGUCGCAGUAUGCCGGCAUCCCCAGGCCCAUCACAAGCGCGCAGGACAACGCCGACGCUGAUGUGACGAGCGACUUCUUCAAGUCGGAUGUCUUCACCAAUGCAUGGGAGAUCCAGAACUGGAACAACAGCGCCCGCCUGAACUCGGGCGAGGUUGACGCCAGCAUCCUAUUCGUCAACUCGCCAAACAACAUCUACAUUGAGAAGAAUGCGGACCCAGAGCCUGCGUCUCAGACAUACAUGACGAUGCGCACCGCCCGCUUCAAAAACUUCCAGGCCGGUGCCGAGAUCGGGUCCAAGUCCUUUGACUACCACUACCUGUCGAUCCGCAUGUUUGCCCGCACGGUCGGCAGCCCCGGCGCAAUCACAGCCAUGUUCACUUACAAGGGCGCCGAGGACAUCACCGCCGUCCAGGAGUCGGAUCUCGAGAUCCGCACAAGAGACCCGCCUCGGUUCGUCCAGUACUCGAACCAGCCGGCGUACACACCUGGCGGUGGCGACAUCCCCCAGUCUACCCGCAACGUCACCCUGCCCCGCGGCCUGACCUAUCGCGACUGGGCGGUCUGGCGGCUGGACUGGACGCCGACGACCACGACGCACUUUGUCAACGGCGAGCAGGUCGCCUCCAUCGCCUUCCAGAACCCGCGGGACCCGCUGCAGGUCUUCUUCAACUCAUGGAGCGACGGCGGGUCCUGGUCUGGCGUGAUGGACGUGGGAGAGCAGGCAUUCCUGCAGAUCCAGUGGAUCGAGCUCGUCUUCAACGAGAGCCUCGUCAAUGCGACCGAGGGCGGCAGUCCGGGCGGGAGCAACGGCAAGCAGACUCUGACUGAGCGGGCCAUGGCGGGGGACAUGCAGUGCGCCAAUGUCUGCAGCAUCGACGAGUCGCCGACCAUUGGCGUGGCGGUCCUCAUAAAGAGCUCGGCCGUGUCCCUGAAACACGUGUCCCUGCAGAAGACGGCCUGGGCACUUUUCAGUGCUGUGAUUGCCGUUGUGAUGGUUCACAUUUAGGGUAAUAGAAGGUUGGGCGGCGCACUAGAUAUGGACGAUACUAAACUUGUACGAGUAAUGGAAAAGAUCCCGUACUUCAGAGGGUGUCUUUACGAGUGAACGAUAAUAAUAAAACUAAAUCCAUUUGAAGACGGAA